AUGUCCUGGGCGGCGCUGGUUCCUCUGGCAGGGGCCAUGCCCAUUCUGCCCUUCCGGUCGCUUUGCCCCCCGUACAUGCUGGAUGAUGCAGAUGAGCUCAACCUUGAAUCUUCUCAUGCUGAAGGAUGGCAAUGUUCACUGGAGGAGUCCAGACAGAGCUUUGCCCAGCAGCUGCAAGCUCCUCGACUGGAGGGCAGGUGCAGCAGGGACACAAGCAAGGGCCUCAAAGACCUGGUCGAAAUCGACUACUAUUAA